CGCUCUCCAACCGUGGGGUCGGCCGGCCGCCCGCGAAGCCCCGGCUGCGAACCGCCCACCACCACCCCCGCCGCCACCGCCACCGCGCCUGUCACCGCACCACCGGCGGCACUCGACCACCUCUUCCUCAGUGUCAAGACCACGCGCAGCUACCACAAAUGGCGCCUGCCCGUGCUGCUGCAGACGUGGUUCCAGCUGGCGCGCAACCAGACUUGGUUCUUCACAGAUUCCGUCGACGUGGAAUUUCAGGAAAAGACAAAUGGCCACAUGGUCAAUACCAACUGUUCCUCUUCGCACAACAGGAAGGCGUUGUGCUGUAAGAUGUCUGUAGAGUUCGACAUGUUUCUUGAAAGCGGCAAAAAGUGGUUCUGUCACGUGGAUGAUGACAACUAUGUGAACGUGCCGCGCUUACUGAAAUUACUGGGCCAGUUCAACCCCCAGGAAGACUGGUACUUGGGAAAGCCCUCCAUCCGAUCGCCGCUCGAGAUCAUCCUCAGAGACAACCCAAAGCGCAAGGUGUCCUUCUGGUUUGCCACUGGUGGCGCCGGCUUCUGCCUCAGCCGCGCCCUUGCCCUCAAGAUGAUGCCCGUCGCCAGUGUUGGUAAAUUCAUCAGCAUCGGUGAGAAAAUAAGACUUCCUGAUGAUGUUACAAUGGGCUUCAUAAUUGAACAUUUGUUGAGAAAACCCCUAACUGUAAUUGACCAAUUUCAUUCACACCUUGAGCCAAUGAAGUUCCUUCAUCAAGAUACAUUUCAUGAUCAGAUAACAUUUAGCUAUUCAAGAUAUAGUAAGGACGAAAUGAAUGUAGUUAAAAUAGAUGGCUUUGACAAGAGGAUAGAUCCAACAAGGUUUUUGUCACUUCAUUGCUUUCUGUUUCCAAAUUCCAACUUUUGCUCAAGCUGUGUUUCUCUAUUAGAACCACCAUGCAAUUGCUCAUUGGCCAUUGUGUUCCUUUGUGCUUCUGUUGGCAACUUUGGCACAGGAGGUGCCAGUCCCAAUUUUGCAACUGAAUGUCUCGAUUUUGGCUUCGUGUAUGCGGUUGAUUGGAAAUUUGUGGUGUCUUGGUUACUAAGAAAGUGUUUGUUUGUAUUUGCAAUUGUUUAUGGUGACUUGUGCAAUUGUAUGUUUGCUGUAGUGAAUGUGCAGAAAAUAAAAUGUGCAGUAAAAAUAAAUGAAAGUGCAAUACAGUGCACGGUUUGUUUUAUUAGUUUUAUGGAAAAAACAGAACAGAGCACAUUCACAUUUCAUGAGAGUCAUAUCUUAAAAUUUGUUAGUGCUCACUGUUACGAGAAAGCAUGGCAAAUUGAUACCAAAUUUGCACUUACUGCCAAAGAUGACAAUGAAACUUUUCGUAAAACCCAAAAAUAA